AUGACGAAAAUAACAGAUGCAGCAACGAGACAGGCAGUUCAAAGUGCCUAUGACGCCGUUAGAGCAACUGUUGUGGAAAGUCAAGAAAAAGAGUUACAACAGACCAAAACAGACCUAGUAAAUGCUUUCUUAAGAACGAAAAGUCAGGUAGGACAUUACGCUGCAGAUGGAACAUAUGUGCCAGCUGGUGGAACAUAUAUACCAGCUGUUGGAAUUUAUAUACCACCAAACCCUCCAAGAGAAGCACCUGCACCAGGACUACCUAAAACAUUUACAUCGUCACAUGGACACAGACACAGGCAUGCACCAAAACCAACACAACAACAACCACAACCAGCACAACAACAACAACAAACAGUUCAAAACCCUGCACAACAACCAACAGUUCAAAACCCUGCACAACAACAACCACAAACAGAACAAGGAAACCAAGAAUUCUUAAAAAUGCUUAAAGAAGACUAUGGCUACCCAGAUAGUAUUGACUUUAGUGACAGAUAUAAAGAAGCUAUUAGAAAGUUCAAGGAAGGAAAUACUGACCCGAACCUAUUUAGCUUUAUGGCUCAGCACCAAAUGGGAUAUAAUUUCAAACCUGGAAAAUACAAGCUCGCUAAGGGAUAUGAUUUAAUAGCAUAUCAUCCAAAUGACAUGACUGAAUUUACUCCGAGAUAUUUGAUGUCAGAGCUAAAUGACAAUUUAACUCUCUUCAUGAAACGCGUAAAAAAUAGAGACGGAACGAAAGAAGAAAGGUUUAUGAGUCCGGAUGACUUAGAAAGGGAACUUGUUGAAAACGGUCUCGGAAUAUAUGAAAUGCCAGCAGAUGAGGUACAAGAAACUCCACAGGAAGAAGUUCAGAUACAACCAGACAUGGAAGAAAUAGUUCAGCAACAACAGCUAGAAGAGCCUGAAGGAAACGAACAAGUCCCUCCUUUGGAAACUAACUUCACAGAACUAGAUGAAGAUUUGGAACAGCCGAAAAAUCUUGACCCUCAACAAGAGUAUGAGGUGAAUAUGGAAUCUUUCCAAGAGUCUAAAAAAAAUUCGGCUGACAUAGUAGAAGAAUAUCGAAAAAUGUUUGCCGACAUACAAAAGACUCCAACACCAGAUGAAAAUAUUCAGCAUAGAAUGGAA